ACAUUGGCCUGGCUUCAAGCAGCACUGGGGCAUGCUUUGGAGUCUGCCCAGGAAGUGUACUGAAAGGAGAGUUUGUUUAGAAUCUGACCUGUUUCUUUAUAUCUCCCUGCUCUUUGCGUAGUGCACGAGUAUAAGCUGAUGUAACCCUGCAGCUGAGCAAGCUAACAGUUUUUUCAACCUAGUUAUAAUUAACUAUCUGUCUCUAACUCCUCAAAGACGAUUUUUUUUAAAAAAUGGCUUCAACGUUCAUGUGUGGAAUGGAAGAUCUGCUGUUUAGUGGCAGUCGAUUUCUAUGGACUUUGACAAUAACAACUUUAAGGAGGUGGUAUACUGAGAGGUUGCGAGCUUGUCAGCAAAUGCUGAGGACUUGGUGUGGACUGCGUGAUGUUUACCAGAUGGCAGAAGGUAGACACUGUCAGGUUAAUCUCCUAGACGACAGAAAACUGGAGCUACUCGUUCAGCCAAAGCUUCUGUCCAGGGAGCUGCUGGAUCUGGUGGCAUCUCAUUUUAACCUCAAAGAAAAGGAAUAUUUUGGAAUAACUUUUAUUGAUGACACAGGUCAGAGUAAUUGGCUACAGCUGGAUCGCAGGGUAUUGGAUCAUGAUUUGCCGAAGAAAACAGAACCGGUGGCCUUAUUCUUUUCAGUCAAGUUUUAUAUUGAGAACAUAUCAUUCCUAAAGGACAUUACCACUGUGGAAUUAUUCUUUUUAAAUGCAAAAUCCUGCAUUUACAAGGGCGAUAUCGAAGCGGACAGCGAGACGGUGUUCGAGUUGGCUGCGCACGUCCUACAGGAAACGAAGGGUGAUUACAUCAGUAAUGAAAAUGCAAGGGAAGAACUGAAGAAACUCCCAGCCCUUCCCACUCGAGCAUUGCAGGAACAUCCAUCACUUGCGUAUUGUGAAGACCGAGUGAUUGACCAUUAUAAAAAACUCAAAGGACUCAGCAGAGGACAAGCAAUUGUCAAUUAUAUGACCGUGGUGGAAGCUCUUCCUACUUAUGGUAUUCAUUACUAUGGAGUGAAGGAUAAACAAGGAAUUCCCUGGUGGCUUGGAAUUGGUUGCAAAGGAAUUGGGCAAUACGACUUUCAUGAUAAAGUAAAACCCAGAAAGAUUUUCCAGUGGAAACAACUUGAAAAUUUGUACUUUCGUGAAAAGAAGUUUGCAGUCGAAGUUCACGAUCCCCGCAGAGUACCAUUAUCAAGAAGAACGUUUGGACAGACGGGUCUGGUGGUACAUACAUGGUAUGCUAGUACCUCACUGAUAAAAUCCAUUUGGGUGAUGGCAAUAAGUCAACAUCAAUUCUACCUGGACAGGAAACAAAGCAAAGCAAAGAUUCCAUCAGCAAGAAGUCUCAGCGAUAUUGCAAUGGACUUGACUGACACUGGAAUGCCUAAAGCUUCUAAACUGGCAAAUGAGGACAGAAAAAAUCCGAUUAUAACAGCUAGUAAUGGCAGCCUAAUCUCCUCAGGUUCUCAGGAUUCUGAAGUCAGUGAUGAACUGAAAAAAGAAAAACUAAUUGAGUUGAAACAGCGUCGAAGUGCUUUGGAAGAUGCCCUCAACCAAAGAACGGAAGAAUUAAAGAAACUCUGUUUGCGAGAAGCAGAAUUAAUAGGAAAACUACCAAAAGAGUAUCCACAUACCUUGGGAGAAGAACUUCCACGUGUCAGACGACGAGUAGGUACAGCUUUCAAACUGGAUGACACCCUACUACAAAGUGAGGAGGAUCCACAUUUACAAAAUCUGGAGAGUAAGUUUGUCAUUCAGCAGAAAAUUGUGGAAGCUGCAAGAAAAUUGGCCAGUGACCCUGAAAUAUGCAAGAAUGUUAAAAAGAAGAGGAAACAGGACUACAUCGAUGCUCUGAAAAAGCUUCAGGAGAUAGAGAAUGCGAGUAAUGAAUACAGAAUAAAAUGUGGGAGAAAACCUAUUCAGAGAGCCUCCCUCAUAAUUCCAGAUGAGGUCAUACCCUCAGAAACCAGUUCUUUAUCAGACACAAAUACAGCAGAUGACGAUGAUGUGCGUAUUAUGCAAAGAAAAAGAUCCUUUUCUAGCCAGCAACCCCCAAGGCCAGUUCCACCGCAGUCUCUUGAGCUUAAACAGAGUCGACAAAGGAGGAGUUCUGCAAGUGAACAGUUUCAUGAUAAAGGACAUGUCAUCCAUCCGAGGUACACCAGCAAUGAUGGUUGCUACUUGCAGGAUAUUUUGCAUGGACAUAGGGAACUGAGCUCAACACACAGCAGCCCUUACAGAUCUCAAGGUAGACAAUGCCAUGGAGGAAGAAGUAUGCCUGCGACACCAGUAUUGACGCGCAAUGCUUACAGUAGCAGUCAAUUACGACCCGAUCUCUCCCCAGAUCACUUUAGACAACGCAGUGGCAGCUUGGAAUCUCAGUCUCAUCUCCUGGAUGAGGGUCCCAGUGAGAGGGCCAUAUUCCCCCUCACAGCAGCCCAAAGAAGUAACAGUACCGACCUCUUGGACGAUGGGUCGUCCUACACCAGUCAGUCCAGUACCGAGUACUACAGCACACCGAGUAAACCUCCCCAGUACUACAACACCAUGACAGUAGGUUGCCGGUCAAGGGAAAGGCGAAGACACAAGAAACCAAAUAUUUCCUCUGCCCCAUCAGGGAGCAUGCCCAAUCUAGCACCGAAGGAUGCAAGAAAUGGAGUUUAUCAAAAUUCUUAUAAUCAGCCUUCUUCUGACUAUUAUAUUCCAGGAUAUCCACCAUACAGUGACUAUGAGCCUUAUGGAUACACAUUUGAAAAUGACACUGAAGGUCACUAUAAUGUUAAAGCCCCGUACAGAUCAACACAUUCUUACAAUGCUGAUCAGUACCGAGAUUACAGUCACUUCUACCAGGAAGAUGUCGACAGUAUGUCUCAAAACCCAUACGCAACACUGAGGAAUAUGCGUAGGAGGGGUGCUAAAAGCGAACAAAUAACCAAAAACAUCCAGAAGGCAUUGGUUGCAGAAAGUUUGCGAGGCUGGUAUGAGCGUGCCUCAACUCACAAGGAUCACGGCCUGCAGGCAGGCUUGGACUCGGACAGGGGCUCACAACAGAGUCUGGGUUUUGCUUAUAUGCAAGGUCCUUUUUCUCCAGCCAAUAGGGCUACAUCUUUUACAUCUGUUUCUUCAGCAGCAAGUACAGGAACCUGGCGGAGCCAGAUCACUGUUGGCGUUCAGGAUUUUGAUCAUAUACCUUUUACAAGUUCUUUCAAUAACUCCUACAGCAAUACUACAUUACACACCAGACCUUAUCCAGAAAGAAUGUAUUCGGACAGUGGAGACGCAAGCCAGCUGGGGGAUGACGCGUAUAACAAUGAGCAGGUGUUGCUAUGGCAUGAAGAUUCUAAACCUGGGACUCUAGUUUAAGUGACUACUAGCUGACUUCAGCCUUCCUUGUUCAACAUAUGGAAAACUUAAUCAGUGUGCCUUGCAUCCUUUUCAAUCCAUUUGAAAUGGUUUAUUUCUACAAAUAGAAAUCACACUUGGAACAUUUCAGUGUUUUCAGAAGGUACUGUACGUGGAUGCUGGGAAGUUUAUUCUGACCAUUGUGUGGGAGUGAUGGUUUUAAAGUUCCACACUUCACAGCUGAAUAAAGGUUCUCUUUAUAACUACAGUACAUUCUAAAGACAAAACCUUCAAGUAGAUUACUUUGUGUUCAAAUUGAAGCAUGGAAAGAUGGCACUUGGAAAUCAUUUUUUUAAAACUGAAAAUGCACUUUUCAAAGACUAAGUUGAUGAAAGUAGUGCUCUUCAUUGUUCAGUGAGUGACUAAGAGGAACCAUGCUUUAUGUAUUGGUAUAAAAGAGGACAAAGCAGGGUAGUGAGUAACUUCUGAAAUAAAGGAGUACUUUGCAUAUUAUUAAAUGAAGGACAUCUUGUAAUUUGGCAAGAAACUGGUGACUCUGAUUACUUGAACAGAGUUUAGUCAACUUAUAAAUUUUCAAAAUGAUUAAUCUGAUAUAUGACCAGAAACUAAUGAGAAAUGCAUUUUGUUAAGACCAUAAAAUCUUUUCUAAAGCACAAAGAUUUAUCAUAUUUGUGUUUUUUAAAACCAUCUGUUAAUUUAGCCCGUCAGUAGACUUUUCAAAUUGGUUAUUUCUUUGUGUGUGUGGUGGGGGGGGAGGGAAUGGACUUAAAGAAUUAUUGGACCAUAUAAUAUCAAUUAUUAGUGGACCUUACUGAGUGGCACACUUACCAAGUUAUGAAAGUAUGGAUCAAAUAUAGCUAAAUGUUUCCAAGUAAAAAGCACAUGGCUUGAGAAGUGAAAAAUAAUGCUAAAAUGCAAUAAGACUUUUUAAAACAAGAAGCACAAUCCUAAUUAUGGCUGUUAAGGUAAUAGCACAAACUAGUUUAAAUAUUUCAGUUUGAUUAUUAUCUGUACAAGAUAUAAGGGAAAUCCUGGCUGAGAUAAUUAUAGUUUCUGUAACCCAGGUGCAGUACUAUAAAAUUUAUUGUUUCAAAAAGAUAUCCCAAUCAUUUUCUACCAUUUCAAAUUGAAAAGAGCUGGUAAAUAUUAUAUAAAAUGGCUAAUGUAUCACUGUGAUGAAUGAAAGCUGUGCCAAGAUUCAUUGGGUAAAAGGAUUGAAUGGUAAUUUUCUGAGACACAGAAACUACAUGGUCCUUACUUUGUUCUCUUCAUUUCUAGGAUGUAGGUUGGAACCAUUUUGGAAAGUAAUAGCACAAGGUUAGGAGGAAGGAAAGAAUUGUCCAUAGUUUAGGCUUCUAAUGAUUUGCUUGUGACUUUUUCUGGAAUACAUAGAAGUGCUCAGGUCCAGGACUAGUAUAGUGAUUUAUCCCACAGUUGAAUAACAUUCCAGUAGUCACUAUCCCGUUUCACAGCAGAACUUUGAUCAUUUGGACCCAGGUGUACCCAUGCCCACAAAAUAGUCUCCCAGCCACAGAUUACCCCUUUAGAAGAGAAAGGGAUUAAAUUGGUUCUUGCCCUUCAGCUGAAAUCUGCUUUUCAGGCUAUAAUUAUCAUGAUGAGGUUCAGGGUUUAAAAUUCAACUCUAAAGGGAUAGUGAAUUAACGUUAUAGCAAGAUUCCACACAGGACUUCUUCCACAGUCAGUAAAAUGAACCUAUGUUUUCAUUUGUAUAUCAAGUGCUCAUGAGGGUCACACUACCUCACUAUUUCUUUGAAAAUAUAUACAUGUUCAGCAGUUUAGGACCUGGCCUUCACUACAAUGCAUGAAUUUUCUAUGUUGAAGGCCUGGCAACUUUACUCCAAGUUCUAACUGAUGAAUCCAUGCUUCCCAUACUGGAAUCCAUGGAAAGGUGCUGUCAUUUCCUUUUUUUUUGAUAAUUGUGUUUAUGUAAAGAUUUGGAUUGACACUUUUUGUGAACAUUUUUAUUAUUGUUGUUCCAAAGCAUGUAAUAUAUAUAUAGUAAACUAAUUCGGUAAGCUGGUUCUUAGUCAUUUUUUUUAUUCAGUGAGAAGUUUCACUUCAUGUGGAAAAUUUGGAACAAAGCUUUUAACUUAUUCUUUUGCAUAUUUGUACAGCUUUACCCAGAGAGAGAGACAUUUUUGUGUAUGCCUUUACAUUAUACUCCUGUCUUCCUUGCUACUAUAAAAAUGUGCUUUAAA